AUGUCUGUGCCUGCCGACCAGCGUGCGCAGAGCUUGGCUGGCAUCAAUGGCAUCAAUGGCAGUCUCGAUGGCGCGGGCGACUCGUUGAAGGAGUUCGCCGAGAUGAAGCAGGAGUUCGACGUCGCCGUCGAGCUAGACCGCAGCUGGUGGGAGAGCCUCUCGCCGAUGCUGUCCGCCAUCCAGUCGAUGCCCAAGGGCGUGAAGGUCUGGGCCUUCACCUGCCCCCAGCUGGCGGCUUCGGCGCAGAAGGUCUCUCGGGACCGAGGCUUCAACCCGGCGGUCUACCAGGCCCGCCACGGCGGCGCCAGCACGGACAUGGCGACCCGCAAGCGGACACGGGCAGUCUUGAAAAAGCGAGGCGCUGCCAACGGCCGCUUCUCACUCUCCGUGAACGAGAGGCGGCUCUUCGCGGCGGUCGUGGGCAGUCUGUUCAUGCAGCAGACUGCAGUCGUGAGGGCAGGGUACCUAAUGAGAUAUAUCCCAGACCAAGAUAUCAGUGACAUUGCUUCGUUCCGUGUGAGCGGGGGGUGGCGGAUCACCCUGGAGCUGCCGCAGGGGAAGGUGGACGCGCUGGUGGCACAACUGGGCGAGGACUCCGCGCUGCGCCGCAACUGGCACCUGGGCCACGUGGCGUCGGUGGAGCCCGCUGCCGAGCCGCAGCCUGGGUCGCCCAGGGGUAGCCUUCAACAGGCGACCUCCCGGACGCUUCUCACAGCGGCUGCGUUCGACCCCGUGGAGAAGCUGGCGCGACUGCGCGAACUGGAGUCGCGGUUCAGCGAGGUGAGGGAGCGCCGCAGGCGUGCAGAGGAGUCGGCGCAGGUCUUGGAGAGGCUGCCAAAGCCCGGCGACAGCCAGGAGGUCCAGCCGACCCAGGGCCCCUCUUACGAGCAGCUGGUGGAGCGCAUGGCGCAAGGCGGCGGCAGUGAUGUCGGGGUCCUCAUCCCUGGCGGCGCGCUGGACACCGCCACUGCGGCGUUUCCGCCGCCGGAGGGCCUUCCCUUCCCGCACCGGGGCGUUGCUGGCGUUCUUCCACCUACGGUGGCGCCCCCACCCGAGCGAGAGCCCGAUCCCAUGGACGCCGCCGCGGACAUGGCCUGGCUGGCCGAGAUCGUCGACGAGGGCAGGGGUGGAGAGCGGGGGCCGGCGCCGCCAGAGGCGUUGUUCCAAAAGGAAGGCCUGGACAUGGCGCUUGAGAACUUCCAGGCGGACGCGGCGCGCAUGAGGUCGUCCCUGAGGGAGACCGACAGGCUCCUGGAGGAGCAGGCCGCCCUGGCGGAGUUCCGGCAGCUGGGCGCGAGCCCUGCGGCCCAGCAGCAGUUCCUGAACCAGCAGCGCGUCAUACAGGAGCAGCAGCGCCUGCGGGAGGAGCUGGAGCGCGAGAGAGGCCUCGAGCAGCAGAGGCGGCGCAACCUGGAACGGGGCAUCACGGCGGGCGCCGUCUCGUUGCCGGUGGUCGGGCGCCUUGCCUAAAGAUGGCACGCCUCCGUGCCAGCACCGCGCUUCGGGCCAUG